GUCCGGAUGCAGAGCCUGAUUUACAGAUAAUGUUUUACUGCAGAUCCGUAAUGUGCAGGAGCGGGUCCCGGUUCCCCUCGGUAUUAUUCGAGCGAUGAAUCCGCUGCUGCUGUUUUAUUCCCUGUGUUUAUCUCGUUGCUGUACUAAGCCACUUCUCCCGGUGCCCACCGUGAGUCGCCAGCCUCGGAUAUCCCCGUAUUUGGUGCUGCUUUCCGGGCAGGAUUCUCCGGACCGCCUGGCACUGUCUGCAGCGUAGAGCUGAGCUGCUCUUGUGAGAGACGGAGGGGGGAGCUGUGUGCCUGUCCCUUUAAGAGCCUGGUCAGGGAGCCCCGUGUGUGUGUCAGUCAGUGAGUGUGUGUCAGUGAGCAGCACACAGGGACACACAGCGCUCACAUUUGGACUCACUUGACAGGUUCGGUUGAAGCAAUCAGAGGUGGCUGCUGCUGUGACAAAGGGGAUUGUGCAUUUCCAGCAUGCUGACCGACCCUGACUUACCUCCGGAGUUUGAGAGGAUGUCUUCCAAGCGACCAGCCUCUCCGUAUGGAGAAGCAGAUGGGGAGGUAGCCAUGGUGACAAGCAGGCAGAAAAUGGAAGAUGAGGAGCUUGAAGGGCUUCCAGCCUUUCACCUUCCCUUGCAUGUGAGUUUUCUUACUAAGCCUCACUCUGAGGAAUUCCAGCCAGUUUCCUUGCUGACGCAAGAGAGUUGUGACCACAGAAGUCCAGCAUAUCAUCACAACACAAUGGAAAUUGAUGGCAAUAAACUGUUGUCUUCAUUCGCCUCUCACAACUCAGCUACCUCACCCAUGAAGGCCGAAGAAGGUGGGCGCCAGGGUGGGGAAUGCUUAUCCAAUGCAGCCUUGGGAACACCAGAGAGGAGGAAAGGUAGCUUAGCUGAUGUGGUUGACACACUUAAGCAAAGGAAGAUGGAGGAACUUAUUAAAAGUGAACCAGAAGAAACACCAACCAUUGAAAAGCUUUUGUCUAAAGACUGGAAGGACAAACUUCUCGCCAUGGGCUCAGGGAACUUGGGGGACAUAAAAGGGACGCCUGAAAGCCUUGCUGAAAAAGAGAGGCAGCUUAUGGGUAUGAUUAAUCAGCUGACCAGUUUACGAGAACAGCUGCUGGCGGCUCAUGACGAGCAGAAGAAGCUGGCAGCAUCACAAAUUGAAAAGCAGCGUCAACAAAUGGAAUUGGCCAAACAACAGCAAGAUCAGAUUGCACGACAACAGCAGCAACUUCUGCAGCAACAACACAAAAUCAACCUCCUUCAGCAGCAGAUACAGGUUCAAGGUCAGCUGCCUCCACUGAUGAUUCCUGUGUUCCCCCCAGACCAGAGGACACUAGCGGCCGCUGCAGCAGCUCACCAAGGAUUCCUCAUCCCCCCAGGAUUUAGUUACAAGGCUGGAUGCAGUGACCCUUACCCUGUUCAGCUGAUUCCAACUACCAUGGCAGCUGCUGCCGCGGCAACGCCAGGUUUGGGCCCACUUCAGUUGCAGCAAUUGUACGCUGCCCAGCUUGCUGCAAUGCAGGUGUCCCCAGGGGCCAAGUUACCGGGAAUGUCCCAGAGUAAUAUGGGGGCAGCCGUGUCCCCCAACAGCCACCACAAUGAGAAGAACACAAACAGCCCACCUCUGAAAUCUAAGGAUGAUGUGGCCCAGCCAUUAAAUCUUUCAGCCAAACCCAAGACAUCUGACAGUAAAUCACCCACGUCCCCCACGUCGCCGCAUAUCCCAGCUGUACGGAACAGCAGCAGUGGAAGCUCUCACAAAUCCUCCAUCUCCUCUACAUUAGCAAGUCCCUCCGUUAGAGUCAGCACUAUAGAUAUCCUGUCUUCUAUAACGUCAACGGGUUAUUUAAACGAUCACGAUGCUGUAACUAAGGCUAUUCAAGAAGCUCGUCAGAUGAAGGAGCAACUCAGACGGGAGCAGCAAGUUCUAGAUGGGAAGGUGGCCAUGGUUAACAGCCUGGGUCUCAAUAACUGCAGGACAGAAAAGGAGAAAGCUUCGCUGGAAAGCCUAUCUCAGCAACUUGCAUCAAAGCAGAAUGACGAUGGGAAAUUUAGCCAUAGCAUGAUGGAUUUUAACCUGAGCGGAGAUUCGGAUGGAAGUGCUGGAGUUUCGGAAUCCAGGAUAUACCGAGAGUCCCGAGGCCGUGGAAGCAGCGAGCCACAUAUCAAACGUCCUAUGAAUGCUUUUAUGGUUUGGGCAAAAGAUGAACGGAGGAAAAUCUUACAGGCCUUUCCCGAUAUGCAUAACUCAAAUAUCAGCAAAAUAUUGGGAUCUCGGUGGAAAGCAAUGACAAAUUUAGAGAAGCAACCUUAUUAUGAGGAACAAGCGCGGCUCAGCAAGCAGCACCUAGAGAAAUACCCCGACUACAAGUACAAACCCAGGCCGAAACGCACCUGCUUAGUAGAUGGAAAGAAGCUGAGAAUUGGUGAAUACAAAGCAAUCAUGCGCAACCGAAGGCAAGAGAUGAGGCAGUAUUUUAAUGUUGGGCAACAAGCACAGAUUCCUAUCUCCCCAGCUGGCGUUGUCUACCCUGGAGCUAUUGCCAUGGCAGGGAUGUCAUCCCCGCAUUUGCCCUCUGAGCAUUCUAGCAUAUCUAGCAGUCCUGAGCCCGGAGUACCCAUCAUGCAAAGCACUUUUAUCAAAGGUGAGGAGACGCACAUUAAAGAGGAAAUGCAAGCUGACAAUAUAAAUGGGGAAAUAUAUGAUGAAUAUGAAGAAGAGGAAGACCCAGAUGUGGAUUUUGGUAGUGACAGUGAACAUCACAGUGCUGAGCAAGCCAACUGAUGUGGGUCAACACUGGGAACUUGUCAGACUUAUUGUGCCCAGCUCAGUGGCCAAGCACGUUAACUUUCUCAUACACUGACUGUUACGAUUAUUCAGAACUAGUCGGGACAUCAACUGACAAAGACACUUUAGCCAUCACCAACCGACUUAAAAGGAAAAGAAACAGAAUCAAUUUUCCACCAAAACAAUGAAAUAAGCUAUGGGUAAAAAAUGCCAGUAAUUCAGCUGCUAUAUCAAAGCUCUGAAGUCUUACCCUUUGACUUUUUUUUCAUAAAAAAUAUUAAAAAAAACAAAAACAUAUAAAACUUUAUGGCUGUUUGUUCUACAAUGUCCUAGAAUUUCUCACUCAGGUACACAGUGCCAACAAGUGGCUUGUGAAUGUGUUUUGUUGUUUUGUGCUACAUUUUAAAGAGGAGUACAAUUUUUUGGUAACGCACCUGACAAAUAGAUUCCCAAUCCCUCCUUGAUGGCGACACCUCCUACGCUUUCCUUUGCUAUGUUGGGGGUCUUCAAGAGACUGCUGUAUAUGGAAAUCCAACCUUAAUUUUCCUUCGACAAGCAAUCAUGUCUCUUCAUCAACGGCUUACCACGCUGCAUCUCUUAGCAAGUGCCAAAUUUGUACUACGUUGGAUUAGUUCACAUUUGUAUUUCCUUUCCAGUCUGUCUUAAGUUAGGACAGUGUUAUUAUGUCUUAGACAAUCUCUUAAAGAACUGAAAUACCAGCAGUGGGUGAGAGUUGACGUUUUUAAAUGGAAUUUAUAGGUGCAAUUCUCAGGUGAAGGAGAGACAUAAUCAAGAGAUAAAUAUUUUACGACUUGGGAUUGCGUGUGUGCGUGUGCGUGUUAUGGUACUAAUAAUGUGUUGGACCAUGCUAAACAGAAUCAUAUUUUUGGGAUGAAAUCCCACAUCCUAUCUGUGACCCAUCUAUGAGAAGCCUUUAAUCCCUAUUUGCACUUCAGAUAUUUAUAAAUCAAUAUAAUACAAUUGUACAAAACCAGAGGGUUUAGCAACAAAAGGAAUUCCGUAGAGUUUAGGUCUUGCUUUGUAAUAUUCCUUUCAAAUUGUUAUUCAUGCUCAAAUUGUAGUUGUGUGUUUAACACCCCCAUACAAAUGCUCCCAAACACAGAGCUAUGUUGGUUUUAGCUUCUAUAAAUCUUCAAAUUUAGGUGACUUUUUAUGCAUACUGAAGGAGAAGAGCCAUUCUCUAUUUAGUUCUUAUUUGUUGUAGUGCAAGGAAGAGGAAUCAUGGAGUCAUGAAUCUAAAUUUGUCUCUUCAUUUAGUGAGAUUUGUAGAUUUGUUGCUUGACAGUCAAACCUUGGUCAUAUCUCCAAUUGGAGUGAGGUUGAAAGAUUGUCUGUUCUGUAACAAUGACACAAAUUAUGAAGUUAAAUCAAAUGUAACCAAUUUGAAAAUAAUUCUAUUUUUUUUGUCAAUCUCAAUUAACCCUUAAACUGCAGGAAUGAAUUGCAGCCUGUCUGGCAACUAGGAGGUUAAAUAAUUUCUCAGUUUAUCUCCAUACAGCGCAAGUAGUCUGUCUAUAGUAAACAAAAAGACACAAGGUUCUUGUGGACAGGUUGGAUGUGCGAUAUCUUUUCCCUUUUGAAUUUGCUUUUUUGGGGCUAAUUUUAGAACAGAAAUUCUUUUCCUCUGAAUGAUUCGGUCUGGGGUCACACUUAGAGUUGCUGAUCAUAUCCUGCAUGUCAGAUUUUUUUUUGUUUGUAUUUGAUGACUGUAUUUUUCAGUUGAACUGCCUCUCCUUGUUAGUGUUGUAAUGAUAAUUAUGAUAAUAAUAUUAAUGGUCAGCUGUUCCCAGAUUAGUAAGUUAUGUAUAAUUUAUUUCUUUUUUUUUUCUACAUUAUUUUUAUUCUAUUAUACUUUGGCAGUGCAGCAGAAAAGACUGUCUAGAUAUAAAAUACUGUUUAAACUUUAUAACCUCCUUAAUCCCAACUGUAAUCUAUUGUUCUAGUAUUGAACCCAAUGUCAGAUUUUCAUGCAAAAAAAAAAGAAAAGAAAAAAAAAAAAGAAUUUUGCUUUCAAAAUAGGCUCUAUGCUCUCAAGCCUGGUUUUACUUAUUUAAUUGCCGGAUUUGUUAGAAAUAAUUUUUAAGCUCUCUGGACAAAAAAUACAAUUGUUUUUUUAUAACAUUAUUCAUAUGUACAAUGUGAAAAUGCCAUUUUAUUUUAUUAUUUUAUUUUGUUUGGUUUGUUCCCUUUGUGAACAAAUGAAGUCUGACUCAUGUGAGUUAACCUCACAUGUGCUUAAUAAUCACCAUGUUCAAUGUGCUCUGUUUAAAUCUGUGACUUUGGGCUACAAAAAUACUUUGUUUAAGCUCCAGGUAGGUGCCACCAACGCAGGAUUGUUUGAGGCCAAUCAAAACACACAACACCAGUUAUUUUUUCUGUGGAGCGACAGAUUCAUUUCUUGGCUACGCUGAAUGUUCCAUAUUUUCCUUGGCUUAAAUUUAGACUGUGUUGCCAGAAUUUAACUUAUUAACAAACCUGCAAUGCAGACUGGCACACCAGCACUAUUACCCCUCACUCCUUUGAGUAUUUUUAUUUUUAAAAACACAACUUAGAUUAUAAUGAGCCCAUUCAAUUGUGAGCUGGAGGAACAGGUACCAAAUGCUGUAUCGCCCACAUGCAGUUUAACAAACGUGUAACUUAUUCCAAUCAAAUUUUCAUUGACGAUUGGUAGUCUUCUUAUAAUUUAUAGUCUCAUAUUUAUUUGGAACUGGCUGAAGAAAGUAGCUUUGGUGGCACCGUUUAAUGUAACAUAUAAAAAAAAUUCAGUUUUGCUAAUGUGUUACUUUAAGGACAUGUAUGGGAGCCUGUUCUGCAUUGAGUAAUUAUCUCUUGUAUCUCUUAUAUUAUAUUUUAUGUCUUUGUUUCUCCAUAUAUUUCCUGUGUUCUUUCUCAAUUUCAUGAUUGUUUGAUUUUCUUAAUUUUAAUUUUUUUAAAUCAGAACCUGAUUGGGAACAAUAGUUCCAAUCUUUUGUGAUCUGAGAGACUAUUUAUAAAUAGAUUAAAAUGGCUGUUUUUCCCCUCCCAUAAAGGUGCACAAAUUCCAAGUCAAAACGGUACAUAUUUUUACGCAUUUGAUUUUGUGAGUUUCGGUAACAAGUGUAGCUAUUUCAAAAUGGCUGCAUCAUCAAGAGGGAAAACGAGACAUUCAUUCAUUUCACUAAUCAUGCCUAAUAAAUGAUCUGUAAGCAGAGAUUCAGAGAUUUUCUACAUGUAAAACCUUGUUGCAUGUAACGGUGUAUCUGGAUACCCAGUAUUUUAUAUGUUUUAUAUAAAUAUAUAGAUUACUGUAGUGUUGGCCGCAUUCAUGCAAACUUGAAAAUAAAAUGGCAGGAUGUGGCUUCACAGAAUCAUUCAUAUAAUUGGAAAAAAAUUGGAUUGAUUUCCUGAAGUUAUUUAAUUUGUUUUAAGACUAACGUGUGCAGUCCAACAUUUUUACAAUUAUAUAUAAAUAAAUAAAUAUAUAUAUAUGGGAAAAUAGUUGGGCGUUCUACCUUUUGCUGUUUUACAUUGUGUUUUACCCAACAUUUUCUCUAAAAAAUAAAUAAAAAAAAUGUGUAUUUUGGGUGUAGACAGGAAAAAGAAAGAAAAUAAAAGACAAUCAAAUACCUGGAGCUCAAAACAAAGUAUGUGCAACAAACCAUCUCACUUGAAAUUUAAUAAAGAAUAAGAAUAAUUAUGUAAAUAUAACAUAGAAUAAUAGAUUUAUAUUUUGUUCAUAACACAUAGUGUAAUAUAAGUUGUAUAUUUUCAUGUUUUUGUUUAUCAGUCAUGCCACAGUAAUAAAAAAGAAAACAGGAGUUAAUGUACUCUUAAAAAACAGUGCUUUUCCAACACCCCGUUUCCUGCAUUCCCCUUUUUCAGUAUUAUUGCCUGCAAGGCACCAAUAAAACAGCAAAUGUGUUCUUUA